AUGGAAUAUUCGCUAAGAAAAAACGAACUUAUAACUAAAGCUCUUAAUUAUACCUUAGACAUUUUUGAAAUAUCUAAUGAAAAAAAAAUGUUAAAUAUAUUUCAUAAAAUAAAUGAAUUAAUUUAUUUAAGAGGUGAAAAAAGUGUUUUAAAUGAUAGAAAUAAAAUAUAUUUUGCGAAAUAUAGUGAUCUAAUAGAAAAAAUGGAAAUAUAUUGUAAGAUGAAUAAAAAAUGUUUAUGUUUGUUUGAGAACAGAACAAUAACUUAUAAUCUAAUUAAAUGUUUUGAAAGAUGUUUCAAUAAUACUUUUGUAGAUAAUAAUAAAAUAUAUCCAAUAUUUAAAUUAAAUAUAAAAGAUUUUUUAAAUUUACAUAUACAUAAAUAUAUUAGCUCAGAUGAAUUUCAAUUUCUUCUAUUUUUAUAUGUAGAAAAAUUUUUAUAUUCCUUCUCUUUAUUUUCAUAUAAAUAUUGUAUUAAAAAUCUAUCAGAAGGUGUUAUAUUAUAUAAUUUUGAAGAUAUAAACGCUAUUGAUUUUAAUAAUGUUUCCUUUUAUCUAUUAAUAAGAGAUAUAAAUGAUAUUAUCUCAAUUAUUGUACCCAUUUAUAUUAAUACUGUUAUAAUUUACAAGAGUAAAAAUUUAAAGGAAAAUUUAUAUAAAAUAUUUAAACUAAUAGAAAACAAAAUUUGUAAAAUUAUAUUUAUAGAAGAAAAAGAUGAUUUAUUGGAUGUGAUUAAAUUAGAAAGUAAUUUUACUUAUAAUAUCACAAAAAAAAAUAAAGAAACAAAUAUUCUUUGCUAUUAUAAUAACUUUUUUUUAUUAAAUACUAUUCUUGAAGAAAAUAAUAAUGUUAUCAAGAGUUUUGUAAAACAUUUUGACUUGAGUGAAAUGCUUAUAAAUGCCCAUAUAAAUUAUAUGAAGAUACAGAAAAAGUUAAAAAAGAAAGUAGUAGAAACUCAAAAUAAUAGUAUUCAAAAGGAAAAUUCUACAUUAAAUUUAUGUAAAAAUAAUUUGGAAAAUAUAAAUGAAAAGGACAUGUUAAAUGAUAAGAAAAAAAUGAAUUUUCUUGAAAAUAAUGUAUUUUCUAAUGUUUUUGACUUAAAAUAUUUUAUCGAUGCUGCAAAUAAAUAUCAUGGAGAUACUCUAAUUAGGAAUGAAGAAGAAAAAAAAGUAAUAGAUUUUAUCACACAAAAUAAUUUGUAUAAUGGAAAAAUUAUAAACAAAAAAAUUCAAGAUACAAAUUUUGGUGAUAUGUACAUUUAUUACAAAAAAAAAGAAAAAAACAAACAAAAAAAAAAGAAAAAAACAUUUAUAAAUUUAGAUAAAGUUUUUAGAGGAAACGUUACUACUUGUAUAUUUAGAGAUAAUUUAAAUUACAUUGAUUAA